UGGAAUAUAUAGUUGAAAUUUUUACAAAAUGCAUUAUAUUUUUCGAGAAAAUAGGAACUUAAGGAAGGAUGUCAAUGAUUCAUUCAGAAAUUCAUAUUCCAACAGGGAAGAAUGAGCCAAGAGUUGAGGAAAUACAGCAUGAGUUUAGCCAUAACAUUCCUUUGCUUGAGAGGCAACUAUGAGGAAAGAAGUACAAUCACGAGGGCUAUACCAGAACUUUUACUGUAGAUUCUUGCUUCCAAAGCUUGUUUAUCCUCAGAGAAAGCCAAAAGAGUUUAAUUUUUGGGAACACAGUUGGUACUACCCCUUCUUACUUCCUUAAAGAAUCAGAAAAAUUCAAACCUCCAAUGGGAAUGUCUAAGCAAAUCCAAGAUAAAAGACUCAGUCAUGAAAUUAAUGGUGGUACCAUUAGCAGUACAAGGCCUAAAACCAGCAAGCGGCCAUGAAGAAUCCUCCCAGAAGAUACUAUAAUCUAUAACGAUGCAUUAAAAUUCAAAAAUCGUGUGAGGUUUAAUCGUACGCAUGACUGAAGAAUGUUUCAUACACUUCUCCAAAUCUGUGAAAAGAACCAGACCCGAAUUGAAGAGUUUUGGAAUUCCUUCGAUACUCUGAAGAAAGUUCACGUAAAGAUUCUCAAAGAGCUGAGCGAUAAAGUUAUGUGGAAAAGAAAGAAUUUUGUUUCUCUACACUCCCGCAUCAGAAAGAUUGGGGAGAAAAGACACACCUUCACUGUAAGGGAAGUCAAGUUUCUUAAGAAAAUGGUUAAUAAGCAGCAAAGAAAAGGCCGCACUGAUUUUAAUGAACUAGUAUAUUAUUUCCCUGGUAAGAAGGAAGAGCAGCUUAUCAGAAAAUAUAAUGAGGAGAGCAGAAUUUCGUCUGAAAACUCAUCUUCAUAAAAAUUCAUAAAUUAUAACGAUUUUAAAUUGCACAUCGGUAAUU